AUGGCUCCUAAAACUAUAAGAAAACAUGAAUUGGGUAGUUCCAAAUGCAAUAGAAUAAAGGAACGAGACAAAUUUAUUCAAAGUCAAUCAGGGGCUAUGGAUAAAUUUGUUUUCAAUAAAGGGAACGAAACACAAUGUUUAGGGGAUAUAGGGGUAGAUAUAGACAUUAAUGUUGGUUUAGAAGAAAAUGUGGAGCAAUCAAUGGAGACUCAAACACAUUCUAAGGAAGAUGAAGGGAAUGAUGAUAUUCCCAACAUCUUUGAUCCUAAAAAUUGGAAUAAUCUUGCUCCUAAAUUGAGGGAUUUAUUGGUGAAAAAAGGUCCUCUAAGAGAUGUGUUGACAGGAAAAUCUCCGAAAAAUGGAUCAAAUAACAAGCGUUUCACAUCUGAAUUCUAUAUUAUGCACUUAUCAAAUGGGCAGAAGCAUCAUCGAGAUUGGCUUGUGUAUUGUAAGGAUCUUGACAGAGUAUUCUGCUUCUGCUGUAAAGUCUUCAAGACCAAACGACAACUUUCUCAUUUAGCACAUGAUGGAAUAAGAGAUUGGGGCACCUUUCUCACAGUUUGA